AGUAAAGUAAGCCAAGUUCCUCUGUGUGACACCACAACCACCAGAUAAAGCCCAAGGAAAAAAUAACUUACUUAGACUAGAGUCCUGUCUUUCCUUGAGAAGCUGAGAUUUGGAGGAGCUAUUAUAAGAUCUGUGCUGCUAGUAGGUGACUGAUAACAUUAUAGACUGGAUUGGUCCCUGAGUUCAGAGACUUGUGAUUGAGUGAAAGAUAGACAACGAAAUCUUGAAGAAUUACACUGAGGUGCAAGCCAAAGUUAACCCUCUUCAAAUAAUGUUUGUUGAACUAAGUUGCUAAACCAAGUCUGUAACAGGACUGGGAGUUUUUGCCUCUUACCAGUUUUGCCUCUUGGUUUUACAUUGCUCUCUGUAUUGUCUUUCUAAGUCCAGAUGUUCUCAGACAACUCACAUUGUCCUGAUUGUGGACAACAGUGGUUUCCUAGUUUAGAACUAGGCCACUGGUUGUACCAAACUGAACUUGUUGAAAAUGAAUGUUACCAAGUCUUUUUAGACCGUAUUAAUAGAGCUGAUUAUUGCCCUGAAUGUUACCCUGAUAAUCCUGCUAAUAGAAGCCUUGUUCUUCCUUGGUCUUUCCCACUUGAGUGGGCUCCCCAAAAUCUCACCAGAUGGACCUUUGAAAAAGCUUGCCAUCCUUUUCUUCUGGGUCCUCCACUGGUUAGAAAAAGGAUACAUGAUUCCAGAGUAGCUGGUUUUAACCCUGCAUUACAGUUAAUCUUGACCAGAACAGACAAAACAUUAAACAAAAAACUUGGCCAAAAUAAGUAACUUUUGUAGUGGUCAAAAUCAUAGAAACUAGAGAGUUUGUUCUAGUAGCUUAAGGAAAAUGAAAAAAUAACUAAUAUCUCCUUUUUAUUUUUUCUUUUCCUUUUUGUUUGUGGCGCUGGGGAUCAAAACUGGGGCCCCACACAUGCAAGUAGGCAAGCACACUACCGGAGCUAGUACCCCAGCUUUUUGUUUCUAAAUUUGAUUCAGAUUGUCACUGUGUUAGGGAACUCCUUAAAUUGUUUAGUCUGCUUCUGUGGCCUACACUUACUGUGUUCAGCAUGAAUUUAAUCAGUAUUCUAGACAGACUGCUUAUCUAGAAUCAGACUAAUCCAUAAUCCCUAUAAGCGAUGUUUUGGAACGAGCUUGUCUCUCCUAAGAAGUUCUGGAGUUUAAUUAUUGACAUAUGACAAGGUAGUCCUGAAGGGUGGGCCUUCUAUUGUGUGCUCCAUAACUGUAUUUCUAACAAUAACUAAUGUGGGAAAGCAUACUCAUUGUUGCUGGUUUCUAGAUUAUUCCAAUAAAUUUUAAUAAACUGUUGUUUUAAAUACCCCCGUUAUUAAUGGUAAAGAUGUCUAUAUGUGUACAUAUCUAAAAUUUAUUCAUAUAUAACUGUUUGCACCUCAUUGGUUUUGUUUGGCCCAUCCUUAAAGUGGUUGUCAGAAUAUUAAAAACUGGUCACUGUCAGAGAAGUCACAUUCUGUAAGGCAACACUUAACAUAGGUUACACAAAAAGAUGUAAAAGUACGGCCUGUUUACACUUACUUGGUUCUACAUAACUAAAGACUGUCCUGUCUUUGUGGUGACUGAACUUAAAAUGUCCUGUCCUGGAAGUGGGAAAGUACUUGUAUAGACAUUUAUGAAAAAAAGAAUUAUCAAGAUUCCGUAUAUAUUCUGAACGGUCUUAUGGGAAAUGUCUUUUGUAAAACUAACAAAGUCUUGCUAGACAGUGGCUGCAUUUUAGCCUUUUGUUACUCAUGAAACUCCUGAAACCAGUGUGACAGGCAACUUUGACAAAGCUGUUUAAAAUCUUUCAGAAGCCAUUGAACAAUUUUUAAAUUCAACUUAACAUGCUAGGUAAUUAGUGCUUAGGUAGCAGCUCAAAGAUGUUAUCAAAGACCCAUGUUCUUUCUGUCCUCCCCUCUUGGAAUCCUUGUGUUUGCUUUUUGUCCUCAUGGCUGUUUCCUCAGUGAGUGAUAUAUAGUUUGUUGCACCAGACGUUUUAGCACCAACCAAAAGCUGAAAGUAGGGAACAGAGGGCUUUCUCCUUUCAAUUCUGACUUUCAUUUGGGAAUAAAAAUUUUCGCAAAAGUCCCUAGAAUAUUUCUUUUCACAUCUCAUUAGAAGGUACUGGUGCAUGAGAAUGGGAAAGCCUGGCAAAGGGGAAUGGAAUUGGCAUUCCCCAGGUAGGCCACGUUACCUUCACUGGUAAAAUCAGAAUUCUUUCAGGAAGGAAGCAGUGGGGAAUGAAUGGCUAUGGAAAAUGCAGUAAAUCAUACUUGCCACAUGUUGUAAAACCUAAAUUUGUUAUCCUGUAUAAAGAAUGUACCCCACAAAUUUAGCCCUGUAUCUGCCUUAUAUCUGUCAUGAUGGCAGUUCUCUCCUGUUAUAUUACUGAAUAAACUGUGGACUGCUGAA